AUGCUUUCGGUACGUAAUUCAAUUAUUUUGAGAAGAUGCUAUUCAUCUACAUUUCAAAUAUCAAAUUUAGCAAGCAGUAAUAACAGCAAAAUACCUUCACCUAAGAUUUUAAAAGGCUAUUUAGAUAGAUAUGUCGUUGGUCAAGAUAUCGGUAAAAAAGUUCUUUGUGUGGCAGUUUACAACCAUUACUUAAGAAUUAAUGAUAAGAUAUCUAAGGAUAUAAACAACAAAAAUAUUAAGGAUGAAAUAGAAAGAAUUAAAAACGAAUCUUCUAAAGAGAGAUUAAAUUCUACUGAAACAAUCGCCGGCUUAAAAAGUUUAGAAUCUCAACUGAAAGGGAAACCGCCCGCCAUAUAUAACAACAAAAUUGAAGAGGAUGAUGAUGAUCUGGAACUAAGUAAGAGUAAUCUUUUGAUAUUGGGCCCUUCAGGUUCUGGUAAGACCCUAUUAACAACUACAUUAGCUAAGAUAUUAGAUGUCCCUAUUGCUAUUACUGAUUGUACUCAAUUAACACAAGCUGGCUAUAUUGGUGAAGAUGUGGAGAUUUGUCUUGAAAGAUUACUAAUCAAUGCAAAUUAUAAUCCACAGAAAGCAGAGAGAGGGAUUAUUGUUCUAGACGAAAUUGACAAAUUGGCUAAACAUAACUCAGAUGCAAAUGUUAAAGAUGUAUCUGGUGAAGGGGUCCAACAAUCUCUGCUUAAAAUCAUUGAAGGUCAUAAAAUUGAGUUAAAUGUGCAGCGGCCUAUUAAAUCAAAAGAUAAUAAUGCACCAAUUGAAAUGAAAACUCAGAAUUUUACGAUUGAUACUUCUAACAUCUUAUUUGUUUUGUCAGGUGCGUUUGUAGGUUUGGAUAAAAUCAUCUCAAAAAGAAUUAUUAAGAUCAAGGAUCUUAACAACAAUCAAAAGUCUGAGAAUAAUACAACUAAAACAGAGCAAGUAAGAGCCGUAAAAACUGAAGAACAUGAUGGAAAGCAAAGUGAGCAUAAAGUUUCAGUUAAGAACGAUAAUGAUAAUAUACAAAUUGAUAACAAAAUCAAGGAAGUAGAAUUGAGCAAUGGAAAAAAGGUUUCAGCAUUGUCAUUAACAUCACCAAUUGACCUAAUUACAUUUGGAUUGAUCCCUGAAUUGAUUGGUAGAGUGCCAAUUGUUACAGCAUUAGAACCUUUGAAUGUCAAAGAUUUAUACCAUAUUUUAAAAGAACCUAAAAACGCUUUAUUACAUCAAUAUCAAUAUAUUUUCAAUCAAUUUGGCGUUCAAUUAGCAAUAACUCAAGAUGCAUUAAUAAAAAUUUCUGAAAUAGCCCUGAAUGAAGGUACUGGUGCUAGAGGACUACGGUCAAUUAUGGAAAGACUAUUAUUAAAUAUAAAUUAUGAAUGUCCAGAAUCAGGAAUUUCCUUUGCAUUGAUUAAUAAAGAUACUGUCGAGUCUUUAAAACAAACAGAAUACGCACUAGCAUCACAUGUGAGUGUUAAAUACUAUACCAAAGAUCAAGAACCUGCUUUCAUCAAUGAUAUUAAAUUGGAAGAUCCUGAAUUAUUCAAGGCCAUGACAAAAAAAUUAAAGCACUAA